AUGGCAAAACCAGAGGCAGCGUCUUGGGCGUAACGGAGUCGGAAGCAGGCGAGUUCCCGAAGUCAAGAUGGCGGCCAUGGAGGUCCGGCUGCCCGUGGCUCGCAAGCGGCUGGCGCAGAGCCUGUCCCGGGCGACGGGAGCGGGCGACAGGGACCUGGUGGCCCCAGGGGACACGAUCACCACGGACCCCGGGUACAUGAGGGGCCAUGGUACGUACCUGGGAGAUGAGAAGCUUGUCGCAUCUGUGGCUGGCGUUGUGGACAGGGUGAACAAGCUGGUCUGUGUCAAAGCUUUGAAAACAAGGUAUAAUGGCGAAGUUGGUGAUAUUGUGGUUGGUCGAAUCACAGAGGUGCAGCAGAAACGGUGGAAAGUGGAGACCAAUUCUAGGCUGGAUUCCGUCUUGCUUCUUUCCUCAAUGAAUCUUCCAGGAGGGGAGCUGAGACGAAGAUCAGCGGAAGAUGAGCUAGCAAUGAGGGACUACCUCCAAGAAGGGGACUUGAUAAGCGCAGAGGUCCAAGCCGUCUUCUCUGAUGGGGCAGUGUCGCUGCACACCCGGAGUCUGAAAUACGGAAAGCUGGGGCAGGGAGUGCUUGUCCAGGUUUCCCCCUCUCUCGUGAAACGCCAGAAAACUCACUUCCACGACUUGCCUUGUGGCGCCUCGCUUAUCCUCGGCAACAAUGGCUUCAUCUGGAUCUACCCAACCCCUGAACAGAAGGAUGAAGAGGCCGGGGGCUUCAUCACUGACCUGGAGCAAGUGCCCCUGCCUGACCGUGAAGUGAUCUCUCGCCUCCGCAACUGCGUCGUGGCUCUGGUGACACAGAAACUGAUGCUCUACGACACCACCAUCUUGUACUGCUAUGAAGCCUCCCUUCCUCACCAGAUCAAGGACCUUCUCAAGCCAGAAGUGAUGGAGGAGAUUGUGCUGGAGACGCGGCAGAGACUGCUGGAAUUAGAGGGCUGAUUGUGGGGGAAUGUGGCGAGGAACAUCCAGAGGACCCACCAAGACCGUGCUGGCUCCCAUUAUUUUCUCAGCAGUCCAGCCUUCCCAGUGUUUCUUUUUGAGAUGGGAUUUCUUAGAAAUCCCAUCCUAAAAAGGAACACGGAAGGAACCUUAGAAGCAGAAGGUGCCCUUGGUUAAGAGACUCUUAGUACUCUUGCAUGGGGGGGAAUGGCCACCUUGAUGAAUAGGCACAGCAGAGAAUGUGUCUGCAACAUGCAUCUGAAGUUGAAAAUGUUACAGGGGGAAUAUUUUUCUAAUUUGCCAUUCCAGGAUUUUCUGGAAAGGCAGAAAAUGGGGGGGUGGGGGUGGGGGUUUAGGACUUGCUAGUCCGUCCAAAUAGCAACUCUUCUUGGCUAUGGUAGCAUGCCUUUAGAAUGUCCUCUCAUUCAGUCCCACAGUAUCUGGAUGCUGCGUUUCAGUGUCGCCUCCCCAAAGCCUGUCUGAGGCUGGUUGCGGAGAUUACCACCAAUAAUCACACUGGAUUUGGGCAUUUUGAGAAUGGUUGACAUGCUAUUUGCACUGUACAUGGGACCACUGAAAGAGAUUCACACACACACACACACACACCAAUAACAUGUAAUACAACUAACUGUAUAUCCCUCCCCCCCACACACACACACUGUUACGCUGUGUCUCUUCCUGUUCCUGCUCUGCAGUGGCUGUUGGGGAAGCACUCAGAGGACAAAAUGUAAGUCCUACUAUAUGUUUACAGGGGUGGGAGGAGAACCGGACACGCAGUUGCCAUUUCCAGCAGCAGCCUCACAUUUCUUUCGACGUGUAAUUCUUCAUUAAGGCCUACUGGAUAAGGACAGACCAAGCCUGCAGUCUGCAAACGAGUCACCGUGUCUUCAAGUGCUUGAUGCCCUCACAUUCCAGGACCCACAGCUGCAAACCUGCUUCUGGAGACCAUUCAGCCUGUAGACCGUGCACUGUCCAAGGACGCUGCAGAGACGGCUCAGGGCUGUUGCCUCCGUUCCCAGCCAAGAGCAGCUCUCGGAUGGGGGCUGUUGCGACCACUCUAGACUUCAGCUGCACAACCUGGGCCCCCCUGCAGACAUUGGACAGCAACUCCCAUCAGACCUGAUGAUUGGCCACUGUGUUUGGGGGAUGAUGGGAACUGCAGUCCAAAAUCAGCAGGUUGUGCAGCCCUUAGUGACAACCUCACGCCCCCCACCCCUGCCCCCAGCAGUUACAGAUGGUCUGUCUUGGUUGCCAGUUUUGGCACUGGAGUGGGGAAGUCAAGCCAGCACAAGUUGCUGCGUUCUCUGGCCCUGGACAGCAGUUGCGUGAGAUUCUUCCUCCCAUCAUAGUUGCCAAAGGCAGGAAUGUCCUUAGCCCUAGCGGGGCCUGGGACAGAUUAGCCAAGGCAAGGCCCAUUUCCAGUUGUUUGUAAUGGCAGCAACAAGAGCAGGGCUCAGGGCGGUCGCCCAGCUUGCCCUGCCCUAAGGACAGCCCUGGCCAAAGGGAAGCUUCGCAACCUCUAUAUAGCCAGCAAUAUUGAGAAUUGUUAUCUUGUGUGUCUGUAAUACUGUGGACUCCUCCAGCAAUGAGGGGAGUCCGAUAUUUUUGUACUAGAGGCCUUUAAAAGUAUUCCAAUAAAGUUUUGUUUUUAAAUAAAAA